AUGAAGAAAAGCGGAUGGGACAGUAUCGCAGACCUGAUCUCCAGCAGAACAACAGCCUCUGAACAGGACGGACAUGUGGGAGAAGAGGAUGAGAACCAGGAGCGGGGAAACUGGUCCAGUAAAACGGACUACAUGCUGUCGACGAUCGGUUACGCUGUGGGUCUGGGAAACAUCUGGAGGUUUCCGUAUCUGGCCUACAAGAACGGAGGAGGUGCCUUCCUGAUCCCGUACUUCCUGAUGCUGCUGUUUGCCGGUCUCCCUCUGUUCUUCCUGGAGAGCGCUCUGGGACAGUUCUGCAGCCAGGGGCCCAUCAACGUGUGGAGGGCUGUGCCGCUGCUGCAGGGAGUGGGCGUGGCCAUGGUUCUCAUCACUCUCAUUGUGAGUUUUUAUUACAACGUGAUCAUCGCCUACAGCCUGUUCUACAUGUUCGCCUCCUUCCAGUCGCCGCUGCCCUGGGCGCGCUGCUCCGGCUGGGGCGCUCUCAACUGCACCGACCCCCUCCAAGUGGUGUGUAACAUCAGUGGAAUCCUGGUGUCAAACUGGACCAAUGGGAGCUGUCCUGCUUCAGACCAGAUCCAAGUCCAAACCCAGACUCCAAGUGAGCGAUACUGGGAUGAGGAGGCCCUACGGCGGUCCAGUGGGAUGGAUGAGACCGGGACCGUGGUCUGGCACCUGGCCCUGUGUCUGCUGCUCAGCUCCAUCAUCGUAGGAGCUGCUCUCAUCAAAGGCAUCAAGUCGUCUGGAAAGGUGGUGUAUUUCACUGCCACUUUCCCCUAUGUGGUCAUCUUUAUCCUGCUGAUCCGAGGAGCCACACUAGAGGGCGCCAGAGACGGCAUCGAGUAUUAUAUUGGGUCUCAGUCAAAUCUGACCAAACUUCAAGACGCUCAGGUGUGGAAGGACGCGGCGACGCAGACCUUCUACUCCUUGUCCAUCGGAUGGGGCGGAGUCAUGACUCUGGCGUCUUACAACAACUUCAACAACAACGUGUUCAAGGACGCUUUCAUCGUCUGCUUCACCAACGCAGCCACCAGUGUGUUUGCAGGAUUUGCCAUUUUUUCCAUUCUGGGUCACAUGGCGUUUGUGUACGAAAAACCAGUCAGAGAGGUCGUCAAAGAAGGGUUCGGUCUGGCGUUCAUCGCGUACCCAGACGCUCUGUCCAAGCUCCCGGUGUCGCCGCUGUGGUCCGUGCUCUUCUUCUUCAUGCUCCUCACUGUCGGCCUGGACUCGCAGUUCGCUGGAAUAGAGGUGGUCAUCACGUGUCUGGUCGACGCCGUCCCUUCUCUCUUUAAUUCCAAGCGCUCCCUCCUGACGGUGGCGCUGUCCUGCUCCGUGUUCCUGCUCGGUCUUCCGUGUGUGACUCAGGCCGGGAUCUACUGGGUCACGCUUCUGGACCAGUUUCUUGGGACUUGGGUUUUGUUGAUUGUGGGUCUGAUGGAGGUGAUCGGCAUCUCAUUUGUUUAUGGAGGAAACCGUUUCAUCAAAGACAUCGAGAUGAUGAUCGGAGAGAGGUCUUUCUGCUUCUGGAUCUGGUGGAGGACCUGCUGGUUCUUCAUCAGUCCCUGCAUCAUUCUGCUGAUCCUGAUGUGGUCCCUCUUCACCCUCACCUCGCCCUCCUAUGGGACCGUCCCGUACCCAGACUGGGCCCUGGCGCUGGGCUGGGGCCUCGCUGCGUUCGUGCUCAUGUGGAUCCCACUCAUCGCUCUCUACAAGUUUGUUAAAGCGAAGGGCUCGGCGUGGGAGGAGCACUGA